GUGUCGCUGGCCCGGGCUCACUUCGAGAAGCAGCCGCCGGCCAACCUGCGCAAGUCCAACUUCUUCCACUUCGUGCUGGCCAUGUACGACCGGCAGGGCCAGCCCGUGGAGGUGGAGCGCACCUGCUUCAUCGACUUCGUGGAGAAGGAGCGGGAGCAGAACGGGGAGAAAACCAACAAUGGCAUCCACUACCGGCUGCAGCUGCUCUACAGCAACGGGCUCCGGACCGAGCAGGAUUUGUACGUGCGCCUCAUUGACUCCAUGUCCAAGCAGGCCAUCAUUUACGAGGGGCAGGACAAGAACCCCGAGAUGUGCCGGGUGCUGCUGACCCACGAGAUCAUGUGCAGCCGCUGCUGUGACAAGAAGAGCUGCGGGAACCGCAACGAGACGCCCUCGGACCCCGUCAUCAUCGACAGGUUUUUCCUCAAGUUUUUCCUCAAGUGCAACCAGAACUGCCUGAAAAACGCCGGGAACCCGCGGGACAUGCGGCGCUUCCAGGUUGUGGUGUCCACCACGGUGCACGUGGACGGCCACGUGCUGGCCGUGUCCGACAAUAUGUUCGUCCACAACAACUCCAAGCAUGGCCGGCGCGCCCGGCGCCUUGACCCCUCCGAAGCAGCCACCCCCUGCAUCAAGGCCAUCAGCCCCAGCGAGGGCUGGACCACGGGCGGUGCCACCGUCAUCGUCAUCGGGGACAACUUUUUCGAUGGCCUCCAGGUGCUCUUCGGCACCGUCCUGGUGUGGAGCGAGCUCAUCACCCCCCACGCCAUCCGCGUGCAGACCCCCCCCCGCCACAUCCCGGGGGUUGUGGAGGUGACAUUGUCCUACAAGGCCAAGCACUUCUGCAAGGGCGCCCCCGGACGCUUCGUCUACACCGCCCUGAACGAGCCCACCAUCGAUUACGGGUUCCAGCGGCUGCAGAAGGUGAUCCCGCGGCACCCCGGGGACCCCGAGCGCCUGCCCAAGGAGGUGCUGCUGAAGCGCGCGGCCGACCUGGUGGAGGCGCUUUAUGGGGUCCCCCACAGCAACCAGGACGUGCUGCUGAAGCGGGCGGCCGAUGUGGCCGAGGCUCUCUACAGUGUCCCCAGGGCCCCCGCGCAUGUCACUGUCCCCUCCUUCGGCGGGGGACAGCUCGGCCUCGCCAUGGGCGACUCCCCGCAGGGCUCCGAGCAAGGGUUCUCGCGCAGCCCCGGGUCCCCCCCGGCGCGAGGGUUCGGCCCCCCGGGCUCGGCCCCCCAGCCAGGCUUCGCCGGGGCUACCGGCGGCUUCGGCGGGGCCACCAUGGCCGGGCUGGGCGUCCCCGGGUCCCCCCCGAGCUUCCUGAGCGGCUCCACGGCCACCUCCCCCUACGCCAUCCUGCCUGCCAGUCCCCCGCUGGGCACCUCGUCGGUCACUGUCACCUCGGGUCCUGGCGCGGCCACCCCGCCUGGUGGCUUCUCCUUCUCGCCGGUGACGAUGAUCUCGGCCGUGAAGCAGAAGAGCGCCUUCGCCCCCGUGCUGCGGCCACCGGGCUCCCCCCCGCCCUGCGCCAGCGCCCUGCAAGACCCGGCUUUCGAGGACUCGGACAAAUUCCACGCUCCGGCUCGGCCGCUCCAGGGAUUGGCCUAUUCCUAAGGAUGGAAUAUCCGGAGGGGCUCUGCACCCCCCAUCCCACUGGGACAGCAGCGGGGACACGGACUGGGGACAUCCCUGUCCCCUGUGCCCACCCCUCGGAGCUGGGAUGGCACUGGAGCCGCCACACGGAACGGGAUGAGGGGACCCAGCCCCGCGAUGUCCCCACCCUGGGUGACCCCGGCCCAGCCUGGCUGAGGGGGGAGUUGGGGAAAUCCUGGAAUGAGCCAAAAUUCCCGGGUUUGGCCUCAGGAAGAGGAGGAGAGAGCCGGGAAUGGGGGGCAGCGGAGGGCGCAGGAUGGAGGUGCCAGGAUGGGAGGAGGAAUGGUCCAAGUGAGAUGGAUGAUCUGGGAUAGAGGGGAUGAUCCAAGGUGGGAAGGAUGGUCCAGGAUGGGAAGGAUGAUCCAAGGUGGGAUGGAUGAUCCAAGGUGGGAUGGAAGCUCUGGAAAAGGAUGGAAGAUCCAAGGUGGGAUGGAUGAUCCAAGGUGGGAUGGAAGCUCUGGAAAAGGAUGGAUGAUCCAAGGUGGGAUGGAUGAUCCAAGGUGGGAUGGAAGCUCUGGAAUAGGAUGGAAGAUCCAGGUGGGAUGGAAGAUCCAGGUGGGAUGGAGGAUCCAAGGUGGGAUGGAAGCUCUGGAAAAGGAUGGAUGAUCUUGGAUGGGAUGGAUGAUCCAAGGUGGGAUGGGUGCUCCAGGAUGGGAUGGAUGCUUUGGAAUAGGAUGGAUGCUCCAGGUGGGUGGGAUAUUCCAGAUGGGACGGAUUUUCUGGAGCAAGAUGGAUAUCGACAAUUUAGAGGGAUGUAGAAGGAAAACAUGGAUGAGCCUGGGUAGGUGGGAUGAUGUGGAAUGGGAUGGAUGGAUGGAGGGAGGGAUGGAUGGAUGGAUGGAGGGAGGGAUGGAU